AAAAAAAAUGCUUAAGAAAUUAAACUCCCGACUACACUCUUUUUUUCCUUUGCACAUCUCUCCCAAGUGCAAACAAAUUUACUUCGUCUUAUAUAAGUCCGGCUAAACCCAAAUAAGACGAGGGGAAGAAGAAGCUCAUCAAAUUACAGUCUUUAACAGCAGAUACCAGAUUACAACAAUUCAGAUUGCUGAGAUUCAAAGCGACGAAAAUGAUCUCACAGUUCUUCGUUCUCUCUCAACGUGGCGAUAACAUCGUCUUCCGAGACUAUCGUGGGGAUGUGCCAAAGGGAAGUACUGAGAUCUUCUUCCGUAAAGUUAAAUUUUGGAAGGAAGAUGGCGAAGAGGAGGCACCUCCUGUCUUUAAUGUAGAUGGAGUGAAUUACUUCCAUGUGAAGAUUGUUGGACUACUAUUUGUGGCAACCACCAGAGCUAAUGUAUCACCUUCUCUUAUAAUGGAACUCCUUCAGCGUAUUGCCCGUGUGACUAAGGAUUACCUUGGGGUUCUAAGUGAAGAAUCUCUUAGAAGAAAUUUUGUGCUUGUUUAUGAGUUGCUUGAUGAAGUCAUAGAUUUUGGCUAUGUGCAAACAACAUCCACAGAAGUAUUGAAGUCCUAUAUAUUCAAUGAACCAAUAGUGGUUGAUGCUGCACGGGUUCCUGCACUUGGUCCUGCUUCCAUUUUCAUGCAAGGGAACAAAAGAAUGCCUGGCACUGCUGUGACGAAGUCUGUGGUUGCAAAUGAGCCUGGAGGUAGGAAGAGAGAAGAAAUUUUUGUUGAUAUCAUUGAGAAGAUAAGUGUAACCUUCAGCUCCAGCGGAUAUAUAUUAACUUCAGAAAUUGACGGAACAAUUCAGAUGAAAAGUUACCUUACGGGUAAUCCAGAAAUUAAAUUAGCUUUAAAUGAGGAUGUGUCAAUAGGGAGAGGUGGAAGUUCAGCAUAUGGAUAUGGUAAUUCUGUUGGUUCUGGUACAGUGAUACUUGAUGAUUGCAACUUCCAUGAAUCUGUGCACCUUGAUAAUUUCGAUUUAGACAGAACUUUAAGUCUGGUACCUUCAGAUGGUGAAUUCUCAGUUAUGAAUUAUCGUAUGACACAGGAGUUCAAACCUCCCUUUCGUGUCAAUGCUUUGAUUGAAGAAGCUGGAGCCCUCAAGGCUGAAGUAAUUAUCAAAAUACGUGCUGAAUUUCCUUCUAAUGCCACUGCAAACACUAUUCUAGUUCAAAUGCCUCUGCCAAGUUAUACCUCAAGAGUUAGCUUUGAUGUGGAACCUGGUGCUAUAGGACAAAUGGCUGAUUUCAAGGAAGCUAACAAGAGAUUGGAAUGGAGUCUAAAGAAGAUUGUUGGUGGAGCUGAGCAUACAUUACGUGCAAAACUGACAUUUUCACAGGAAUCACACGGGAACCUAACAAAGGAGGCUGGACCUGUCAGUAUGAAUUUCACAAUUCCAAUGUACAAUGCUUCUAGACUACAGGUAAAAUACCUGCAGAUUGCAAAGAAGUCAAAAACCUACAAUCCCUACCGCUGGGUAAGAUAUGUUACCCAGGCCAAUUCCUACGUGGCUCGUAUGUGAUCAAUAAGUGUUCAAUGUUCGAAAAUCAACUACGCAGAAUCUUCCAGUCUGAAGGCUCAUCCACUUGCACCCGAUGCCUUUGUUGCUUGCCUUCAAAGUCAAGAAAAGAGCUGAGCUAGCUUAGAAAACUUACAUCAAGUACGUUGCCUUUAGAGAAGUUGUUUCUUUGUAAGACAUUGUACAUGUUCUUGUGUGUUUAGUUGAAGUGGGUUGAAAGCUCAUGAAAUUCUUGUUUUCAUUUCAAUUCAAAAUGUCUGCAUCUUCAUCGGAUACUUUGAUAAUACUGCUCUUGGAAUUUUUCAAAGUAGCUCAAAAUAAUAUUGGAAUUUUUUUGAGAGCUGAAAUGUUAAAUCGGUUAGCAGAUCAGCAUCAUCACCA